AUGCAUAUGUCUCUUAGAAAUACCCUGUUAGCUUCGUCUUCCUUAAGCAGCUUUGCAUUCGUCUCCGGAAGCCCUGCACGACAACGCGCGGCAGAAGCUGUCAGCUACGAUCUUCCUUUGACAUGGAGUUCUUUCGGCUUUCUCUCCUCCCAUAUGUCGCUUGGCACCCCACCACAACAAAUCACCACUUUCGUCGACUGGACAUGGAUCAGUCAGUACGUAUUCACGACAACUUGUCAUGGCGUCGCGGACAAGCCCUUCGACUGUUUCGCAAAGGAGCAGUCAAUCUUCAACCAGUCGCAAUCGUCUACCUUCUUAGACGAGUCCUAUUUGUAUCCUAGUCGGACAUGGAACCCCAAUCACUUCUUCUUCUAUGAAGAUCUUACUGUCGACUACGCUUCUGACAUAGGGGUUGUUGGGCCAAGCUCAGCGCGUCUUACAAUACAGACGGCGGAUUUUCAGUUCGAUAUAAGUGACGCGCCUUACCCACUCACUGGAGUCUAUGGCCUGUCUCCAGUCUUCAAGGCAGACAACAGGUCUAUGCAAUCGCCGUUCUACCAAGCGUGGUCCGCCGGUGCUUGGCCGGAACCAUUUGUGGCCUUCCACUACUGCUACAAUGGAUCUGUGGACACCACAAAAUCGACGUGCGGCGGCUACGAUGGCCUGCAGACCCUCGGCGGCUUCAACAUGAGCUUGAUCGAUGGCGAAAUGUCUUGGUACGAUAUUGUGUUCUUCACCGACGUCAACGAGAUCGACUUCGAGUACAGCCCGCCCAUUUAUAAUUACUGGACCCUUCAGCUCACGGAGCUGAGUCUAGGCGACAAGGUGCAGGCGCUCAACAAAUCUAGAGGAGCGGGUGCCAUCUUCGACCAUGCAAGCUACGGUCGUGGAGCUCCAUUGUCUGUCAAUGCGUACGAGGAACUCAUCUCGAUCAGUGGAGCUACACCUAUUGCCCUCGAUUCACCCCCAAACAACGGCAACCAAUCCUUCUAUGAGGUUGAUUGUGACAGAGUGGAAGCACUUCCCCCAAUCAAGUAUCGAUUUGGGGGAUCGGAAAGGCCAUGGGAGAUUGUACCGUCAAACUAUGUCGAAACCAUCAACGAUACUUGCGUUCUCAACGUGCGAACAUUGGGGGAUGGGGAUAUGAUUGCUGGAAAUUUCGGCGAGACCUUCGCAAAGGACAAAUACAUUGUGUUUGAUUUUGAGAAGCUCAAGGUUGGACUAGCUGAUGUGAGGUGGUGA